GCUCAGCCGUCCACUCGCAGACGCUCGCGGAGGCCCCCCCCCCUGACAAGGGGCGCGCGAGCGAGAGAAUGGAGUUGGCGGCGCUUGUCGCACCGCCCACUGGAGUCCGACAAGGAGCCGCGAGGCACGAGGCGCUCGAGUCCGGCGAGGUGACCACGAGCAGCGACGGUGGCGCGCAGUCGCAGGAGGAGGUGUUCUUCUCCCGAGGCGGAGCACAGCAGAGGCCGGCCUGCUUCGACCUCCGGCAUCGUAGCUUGUCGGUGAUCGCCCUGGUCGUUGCCGCGGCCUUGGGGCUCGUCGGUGCUCUGGAGGCGAUGCGGUACAGUCGGACCGACAAGGUGAAUACCUUGCCAGAAGGUAGCGGUUCUUCAUUCAUCGAGGAGCAGGAGGCCGCAGUGGCUACGGCAGGGGCGGCGAGCUCGAGCGUCGCAUCCACGCCCGUGGCCGCAGCAGCAACCCAGGCCGUGGCGUCGGAGCCCUUCGACUGCUCCGCCGGCUUCAACAACAUGGAGGCGGGCUGGUCGGUCGCGAAGAAGGAUUGGUGCUGCACCAACAAGGCGAUCGGCUGCCAGGCGGGCGCUCAGGAGGCUGCGGGCGGCUCGGCCGACGACGGCGCGUGCCCCGUGUGCGCGCCGCAGGCCUCUGUCAGCCCGGACUUGGUCAUUCCUUUCUUCGAGCGUGACUUGUGCAAGCUGAAGACAACAGCAAAGUCGCUGUCGGUAAAUGACCCCAACGGCAUGUUCGGGGACGUGUAUUUGAUGUGGGUGUCGACGAAGCACUCUUCGGAAUUCAUGGAGGAACUUACAGAGGCCGCCACGGCAAUCUCGGCCACCCACAGCGUGCAGCUCAUCGAGUUCACCGACUUGAUGGAGUUCACCGACUCGUUGAGCGGAUGGCACGCCCAGCAGAUCAUCAAGUUGAAGGCCGCAUCUGUCGUGAAGGCUCCCUACUAUGUGGUACUGGACUCCAAGAACACCCUCAUCAGACCUCUGAGUUCGGACGACAUCUUCACGAAGUGCAACACGGCGAAGAUCCAGGCAGAGUUUCCAGCCGCCAAGAUCCCCGUGCCGCACAUCAACUGGUACAAGGCCUCCGCGGCGGCGCUGGAGAUGGACCCCCCGUCCUCAGGUUAUUGGCCAGCGUCUAUCACCCCCGUGGUCUUCCACACCCAGACGGU